CUGAUAUAGCAGGGCUUUUUAAGUUCUAAUGCUCUGUAUUUACCCUUUCAUGCUUUCCCACCCUCCAUCUUCCUUCUCCAUUCUGUUCCAUCAAUCAACUAAGCUCCACCCACAUUCUAAAGGUAAAUCUACGGAGUGUUGCUAUGGUCAGAAUCAUCCUCCUGGUCUAGUUAGCAUGCAGCUUUAUUUCCACCACCAUUCCAGACCAAAAGGGACUUCCCUGUCAUGAAUGACAGGCAUCAGUACAGUGCUCUAGUGAAUUCUUUCACCUCUCAGGGAAAAUGACUAACCGCCACACAUGGCAACUGGUGCUGAUCUCAUGGAAUGUUUUGUGUGAGACUGCAGGUCAGAAACCACCACAAGGCUUUAUGUAUGCCUCUUAUGAGGUGAUCAUCCCAAGAAAACUAGUCCCUAGGUAUGGACAAGAACGUCAUGAUGUCACCUACCUACUGCAGAUUGAGGGGAAAGGCCAUGUAGUGCAUCUCAAGCAGAAGAUGGGCUUUGUCCCUAAACACCUCCCUGUCUUCACUUACAGUAAGGAGGGAGACCUCCGGGUGGACUAUCCUUUCAUCAGAGAUGACUGCUUCUACCGUGGCUUUGUACAAGACCAGCCUUCCUCAUGGGUCACCCUCAGCACUUGUUCAGGGGGCCUCAGGGGUCUGCUGCAUUUAGAAAAUGACACCUAUGAAAUUCAGCCUGUGCAGAGAUCUGCUACUUCUCAACAUGUGAUGUAUCGGUUGGAAGAAAUAGAGGGUGCUGCACGCAUGACUUGUGGGUUAACAGAAGAAGAGCAAAGGCAUCAUGAGGCCAUGAUCCAAAAACCAAAGAAUAUAGUGGCUAAGGGUGCUCCAGAAGGAGGUUGGUGGACACACACCCGUUAUGCAGAGGUUGCAAUUGUUGUGGAUUACGAAAGAUAUGUGAGAAUUGAUAGAAAUGAAACUGUUGCUGCUAUGCGAGUUCUAGAUGUCAUUCAUGUUGCUAAUUCAUUAUAUGAGCCACUUGGUGUCGUUGUGACUCUUGUUGGAUUGGAGAUUUGGUCAGAAAAGAACCUCAUUGUGAUUGAUAACAACAUUAAAACCCUGCUUUCCAAUUUCAAUGACUGGAGAACAAACAUCCUAAAUAAACAUCUAGAGAAUGAUGCUGCUCAUUUAUUUGUAUAUAAGAGUUUUGGACGUACACGAGGAUUAUCAUAUUUAGGAACAAUCUGUUGGACUGAUCGGGCAUGUGGUGUUGAAUCAUAUGUUGGCUAUAGUUUGUCUGAUUUUUCUAAUACAUUUACUCAUGAAUUAGGACAUAAUCUUGGCAUGCAACAUGAUUCAAAAUACUGUACUUGUGAACGAAGUAAGUGCAUUAUGGCUGCAGCUCAGGCAAACACUGAUAAGUUUAGCAACUGCAGCUAUCAGAAUUAUUUUGAGCUAAGGAACACUCCAUGUUUGUUGAUUCCGCCAGAGCCUGAUAAAAUGUAUAAACUCAAACACUGUGGUAACAAAGUAGUAGAAGAUGGAGAGCAAUGUGACUGUGGUUCACCAGAUCAAUGCAAGUUGGAUCCAUGUUGCCAGUCUAAUUGCAUGCUGCGCCCAGGUGCCACUUGUGCUUUUGGACGGUGUUGUGCUGAGUGUCAGUAUCUUCCAGCUCAUUAUGUCUGCAGACAAGAGGUUAGCAGGUGUGAUCUUCCCGAGUACUGCAAUGGGACUUCAGAAUGGUGUCCUGAAGAUGUUUAUGUACAAGAUGGCUCCCCGUGUAGUGAUGGUGUAUACUGCUAUCAUGGAAACUGCACAACUCACAGUGAGCAGUGCAAAAUGAUCUUUGGCAUGGAAGCAACAGCUGCUUCAAAGGCUUGUUUCAAUAAACUGAAUGGUCGAGGGGAUCGCUUUGGCAACUGUGGCCUUAGAGAUGGAGCUUAUAAGAAAUGCAGUGCUAAGAAUAUCCUAUGUGGAAAAAUCCAGUGUGAAAAUGUUUAUAAACUGCCUUCUUUGGAGGAACACAGCACCCUAGUUAAUACACCCAUAGGCAAUAGGAAAUGCUGGAGUACAGACUACCACAGUAGAAUGGAGAUGCCUGAUAUUGGAGCAGUGAGAGAUGGGACUCCUUGUGGCAAGAACAUGAUGUGUAUUAAUAGGAACUGCAAGAGUGUAUCCCUCUUGAACUAUGAUUGUAAUUUCACAAAGUGCCACUAUAGGGGUAUAUGCAAUACUCAUAAACAUUGUCAUUGUGAUUAUGGCUGGGCCCCUCCAUACUGCCUUUAUAAAGGCUUUGGUGGCAGCAUUGACAGCGGGCCUCCUCCACGAGGUAACAUUCUGGAUCGUAGCAAUCUCAGUGCAGGAAUAACAGAAGUAAUUGGAUUUAUUGUUCUGCUACUAUUGUUGUUGUUGGUCUGGAUAUUAAUUUCAGGAAUGGACUGAGACUGAAGUUCUUACAUUUAAGUAGAAGAGUUUGUCAAGCACAAAAAAGAAGAAAUUCUGAAAUGGAUCACAGAAAUGAACAGUUGGCAAUGUGCCAGAUACAGAACGAAUAAUAGAUUGUACUAUGUAGAUAUACAUUCAAUUUGCUAAGUUUUUGAUUUUUU